AUGUCAGGAUCGUUCUGGAAGUUUGGGCAAAACUAUGCAAACGAAUCGCCGUUAUCGAAAAUCCUGAACCGGGCUUUCAUCAAGGUGGGAGAUGUGAAGAGUAAUAAAGACAAGAAUAGUCACGACAAGGUGGAUAAGAUACUCUCAUUACCCAGUAGUCAUAGUUCUGACGAGGAAGAUAGUGAGGUGCUCAAAGGAAAUCAAGGCGCACGAGAUCAAAAAAACCGAGUGAAGGAAGGGGAGAAGUGCGGAGAGGACGAAAACAACGAAGAAGAAGAAGACGACGCAGAAGAUGAGGAAGAUGAAGAAAAUCUACGCAACCAUGGCGAUGCUAAUGAUAACGAAAAUGAGGAUCAUAAUGAGAGUAAUAGCUCAAUCGGGGAUCAGCCAGAUAACGAAUCGGACUACAAGGACUUUGAACCUAACAUGGACGUUCUCGAUGAGCUUCUGGAUGACGAAGAGCUUUACACCGAACUUAUGUGCUCAAAUUUCAAGCUUUUGAUUUACUUCAAGUAUCCACAGGUGCUGGCGCGACUCGUGGACUACGUCACAAACGAGCAGGUAUUGAACGAGAAUUCAGACGACGACAGCGAAGGAAUUGGAGCCAAGGAAUUUGCUGACAGCUCUCGCGAUGUGAGCCCACAAGCAGACAAGGGUUCGAACAAAAAGGGGAGCUCAGAGUUGAAAGAGUCGAACGACUCAUCAACAGAAGGUAAGGACACUAAUUUUUCUGAUACCGCUUCUGUGUCUUCCGCUGAGACUAGCAUAACCCUCCCAGCUGACUCCGAAGAGCAAUCUGAAACCAGGCGCGCACGUAUGGCAGCUGAAAUUCUUUCGGCCGACGUCUGGCCAAUUUCUUCUGCAUUCAUGGACCACGAGGAGCUUUUGAGUCAACUGUGGUCUAUGUUGGACCAUCCAGCGCCGCUGUCAAUCGUACCCUCCACUUACUUCAUGAAAAUUAAUGAGAGAUUGUUAGACAUGGACGUAAGCGGCAUUUUGCAUUUCAUUUUGUCACAGCCGGAUUUAGUCGACAAAUUUUUGACGCAUAUUGAUAACCCACCUCUAAUGGACUUUCUUCUGAAAGUUAUUUCGACUGAUAAACCAGAUUCGUCAACAGGCGUCAUUGGACUACUUGGAAGCCAAGAUUUGAUACCCAAGCUUUUGGAUUGUUUAGAAGGAGCUCAAACGGCCUCAACGAAGUCGGCUGCGGGUGAUUUUUUGAAGGCACUCAUCACAAUAAGCGCCAAUUCAAAUAAUGAAAUUGCAUCGGCUAUUGGACCAAAUGGGCUAACCAGGAAACUAGUGUCGCCUCCAAUGGUGGAAAAACUCAUGAAAAUCAUGCUUUCUGGGGGGACGUCGCUCAGUAAUGGUGUUGGUAUUGUGAUUGAACUCAUCAGGAAAAACAAUUCCGAUUAUGAUUUUGUACAGGUGAUGUACACCACUUUGGAAACUCAUCCACCCAAUGAUAGAGAUCCAAUUUACCUCGGAUACCUAAUUCAGUGCUCUGCAAAGCACUUGCCUCAAUUUAACAGAAUGUUGGUAGAGACAGAACUGCCUCCUCUAGAGACUCCUUUCGGGUUUAUAGAACCCUUAGGCUUUGAGAGAUUCAAGAUAUGUGAGCUCGUAGCCGAACUAUUGCAUUGCUCCAACAUGACACUUCUCAACGAACCAACAGGGGAGCAGAUCGUGAUUGAAAGAGACGCUUUGCGGGAGAAAACCCUCAGGCUCGAAAAGAGCGUAGAACUUCAGGGUAAAAGCGAAGGGAGUGCAGGGGGAGACGACGUUUUGGACAAGAUGGCUGAUCUGAGGAUAGCCACAACUGACGCUAGCAACAGCAGUGAUGAUGAAGAACAAGAAACUUGUUCGAGAGAGGCCCCUAACACGACAAACGAAGUGCUGUCAGACGAUUCUACUGAUAGCGAAGUAUCCGAACAAGCUCUGCGCGAAAAUCCUAUCGUAGGUGAUCAAUUGAAGAUUGCUUUGCAAGACAACCGCGUAAUAACUACCAUACUGGAAAUGUUUUUUUCGUUUCCAUGGAAUAACUUUUUGCAUAACGUCGUAUUUGACAUUGUUCAACAAAUAUUCAAUGGCCCGCUCAAAACAGGCUUCAACAGGUUCUUAAUAGCUGACUUGUUUAGCGGGGCUAAGCUUACCCUCAUGAUUAUGGAGGGAGACAAAAAGUGCGAAGAUUACGAGAACGAAACUGGUCUAAGACUUGGUUACAUGGGUCAUUUGACGUUGAUUGCCGAGGAGGUGGCUAAGUUCGCUGCUUACGUGGAUGAGAUGAAGAUAACGUUUGCUACACCAGCAAUCUCGGAUAGCUUGAACGAGCCCGAGUGGAAGAAGUACACCGAGACAGUGCUCGCUGACACGCGCGAAAACUAUAGCUCUAUCCUCGGGGAUUUCGAAGAGGAGGAGGAUGACAACGAUGAUGACCGUGUAGGCGAAAAUGCAGGAGCUGGAAGUUCUGAGGGCAACGCAAAUGACGACCUUGAUUACCGCAGUUAUGGUCACAGUGGAGAUGACGAAGAUGACUACGCUGAGUACAACGCUGUGGACAGCCCGCGCUAUUAUCAGUACGACGAUGGGCAGGGCAACAAGACCAACAUACAUUUGAACCCUGAGAUAGACUACGAUAUCAAUUCGGGAACUUUCGAAGACGAAAAUUCCCAUGAUUUUGACGAAGACAGGGACGACGAAAGACAUGAGCAAAACGAAGAAAGCGGAAAUCAUCCAGCCGGUGACGAUGACGGAAAGGGAAACAACAGCAAAUUCAGCAACUACAUGUCACAUCAACUUUCAAAGGAGUUUAAUACUUCUUUCUCUUCAGACGACGAAGAAGAGGAAGCGUGGAACAGUCCGAUCGGAAGUGGCUCGGAUUUUGAUUCCAAGGACAAGUCCAGGGACGCUGGACAAAACAGUGCAUACCAUCCAUCGCAGUUUAGGUUAGAAGACGACGACGACGACGACUACAUGGAUCCCAACGACGACGGGCUGUCGUAUGCGAAACCCAAUCACCCUCUUUACAACAGCAUGCUGUCACAGAAGAAUUCUGGAAGUCACUUGUACUUCAACCAGGACCCCUCCAACCUAGAGGAGGCUGACGAAACCAGCGAUGAGAGUGAUAAGGACGAUGGUGAGGAUGAGGACGGUCAGUACUCUCUGUGUCGCACUUCCAGCAAAGACAACAUGGCAUGGGACAGUUCCGAGCAAAACCGCAUAAUCAACACAGCUCAGUACAGACAGAAUUUGAAGGGAUUUGAUAAGUAG